UGAGGAGGCAAGUAUCCAUCUGUCCUCUUACCUCCCUGGACACACUGGCCAGGACCAUGGGUUCCUCUCUCCCCACCCUACUUUCCUUUGGGCUGUGUCUGAGCCUAGGGAUCACAGCACAGAGAGUCACACUCUACAAACCCACCCUCUGGGCCAAGCCUCGCUCCAUGGUUGCCUGGGGCACAGAUGUGAUCCUGUGGUGCCAAGGUCCCCCUGGAGUUGACAUGUACCGCCUGGAGAAGCUGGACUCCCCCAAUGACUAUAAGGACCAGCCUGGCCCUCCAGGGCCAGAAGCCCGGGCACGGUUUCCCCUGGGCAGUGCCUCGGCCACCUUUGCCGGCAGGUACAGAUGCUCCUACAGGAAUGGGAGCUACUGGUCACAGCCCAGCAAUCAGUUGGAGCUGGUGGUGACAGGCUUGUAUGACAAACCCUCUCUCUCCAUCCUGCCGGGCACCGAGGUGUCUUCUGGGGAGAAUGUGACAUUCUCCUGCAGCUCCAAAUUUGGCUUUAAUAUGUUUACCAUAGCCAAGGAGGGAAGAGCGGGCAUCUGGAAGACCCAGCAAGGGAAGUCUCCUGUCUACUUCCCCAUCCCUGCGGUGACUGCCAGCCACAAAGGCACCUACCAGUGCUAUGGGUUUGACAGUCACUUCCCCUACCUGUGGACGGCUCCCAGUGAACCCCUGGAGGUCAGGGUCAAAGGAAUCCCUCAAACCCUCUCCCCAACAGAGUCAAAUACUCGGGCUGGAGCUCCCACAUCCCCCCACAUUUCCCCAGAGAAGGUGGAUAUCCCAAUAGGUCCCAUCUCCCAGGAUUAUACUGUGUACAACCUUGUCCGAUUAGUCCUGGCUGGAUUGAUAGUGAUUGCCCUGGGGGGACUUCUGGCUGAAGCCUGGCAAGCCUGGAGGGCAGAAUUCCAUACACUUUCAGGGUCCCCUUUCCAGGCCCAGGGUCCAACAGCUCCACAGGAGAAGGGAUUGCCUCCCUAA